AUGUCCGCGCUCGACGAAUUCAAGGCCGUCGCGCGGCGCCGCGCGCGGUUGCUCUGGGCGUGGGCGCGCGGGCCCGGGAGGCAGCUCGCCGGGACGCUCUCGCUCGCUGCGCUGCACCAGCUGCGCAGGAACCUCGCCCCGCGUCGCCUAUUCAGCUUCCCGCACGCUCUCUUCGUGAUAUGGGUCAUUAUUCUCCUGUGGGGGGAGCGCUGGGUGUUUGAGACCAAGAUUGCCGACUGCGACUGGCACACCUGGGAGCAUUGGCCCAAGGAAGCAAGGCCACACCACCUCGUAUUCAUCGCCGACCCGCAGCUCAUCGAUCCGCACUCGUACCCGGGCCGCCCGUGGCCCCUCAACCCCCUGACCGUCCUCGUCACCGACAACUACAUGCGCCGGGGUUACAACGCCCUGCAGCGCCAGCUGAACCCCGACAGCGUCUUCUUCCUCGGGGACCUCUUCGACGGCGGGCGCGAAUGGAAGACGAAGAGCGGCUCCUUCGUGGACCCAAAAUGGGGGAGCUCGCGGUCUUCGGGCGAGAAGAAGUGGGUAAAGACGUGGCACCGCAAGUACGGUGAGGACUUUUGGGUGCGGGAGUACCAGCGCUUCAGCAACAUCUUCUUCGACAACUUCAACGCCGGGGGGUCCAACCCGGGACCCAUGCAGAGGGGCAAGAAGCUGGUUGCGAGCUUGCCCGGCAAUCAUGACCUGGGCUUUGGGGCGCAGAUUCAGGUCCCCGUUCGCGACCGCUUUGCUGCCUUUUUCGGUGACGUCAACCGCGUCGACGUCGUCGGAAACCACACCAUCGUGUCUGUCGACACCGUCUCGCUGAGCGCUGAGACUUCGCAGUUCAAGGGCCAGCAUAACCUGCGGCCCAUAUACGGCCCCGCCAAGGAGUUCCUCGAGAACGUCCAGUCCACCAAGAGGAAGCUGGUCCAGGAGGAGCUAAGCGUCUGGCACGACACGGACAGAGAUCUGCGGCUGGGCCACAAAGUCGAGGACAUUGACAAGGCUGACACGUCACGUUGGCCGCGGGAUCCUGGGCCCGGGGCGCCCGACUUUCCCACGAUUCUGCUCACCCACGUGCCGCUCUAUCGGGCGCCAGGCACGCCUUGUGGACCACAGCGUGAGCAUUGGCCGCCGACGAAACCCCCCAAGGGACAGACGGGCGUCGUGAACCCGGACAACCGCAACGCCAUCACCGUGGCAGGCGGGUACCAGUACCAGAAUGUCUUGAAUGAGGAGACGUCGGCCCAUCUGAUCAAGAGCGUGGGCAACGUGGUGCACGUAUUCUCGGGCGACGAUCACGACUACUGCGAGGUGAAGCACUCUGCGUCCAAGGGCGGCGUGCGCGAAAUCACGGUCAAGAGCUUCAGUAUGGCCAUGGGGGUGCCGACGCCCGGCUUCCUCAUGGUCAGCAUGUACAACCCCGUGGGCGCCGACGGGAAGCCGACGGGCGAGGUCGGGACGACGCUUCAGACACACCUGUGCCUGAUGCCGAACCAGAUUCACACGUUCAUGAAGUACGUGACGUUCAUCAUCCUCUCGCUCGUGCUCCUGACGGUGCGGGCGUUCCUCGUACCCGUCCUGAAUCUGCAGCCGUUUGCGCUCGAGCCGGAGCAACGGACGAGCGUGCUGCCGCUGUUCAAGGACAAGGCCAAGGCCGAGCCGCCGGACUACUCGGCGCACCGGAACAACAGCUACAACCACCACACGUCGUCGCUGUCGACAGCCUCCAACGGCCACGGCAACGGCAACGGCGCUCGCUGGUCGUCGAAGAAGAGUGGCAAGCGGGCUCGUCAGUGGGGCGGCUGGGCUGGCGACCGCGGCGGUGGCGGCAUCGGCGGCGGCCCGCGAAUCAAGCUCGACGCCGACGACUUUUACGACGGCGGCAAGGGGUGGAAGGGCUCCGGCACGCGAGGCGCAGGGUCGUCGUUCCGGACGCUGGGGCGGGAGCUGUGGACGACGACGUGGAGGGUCGCCUGGAUGACGGUCCUGUUAUGGGCGUACCUGGCGAGGAAGGGCUGA